AUAACUUAGUUCGGAUCUCAACCAGAUGUUUUCAAAAACAAAAAAAAAACGAAGAAAAAGUUGAGAUUAAAAAAUUUAUAGAAGAAUAAAACGAUAAAAUGAGAAUCAGCUGCUGGCGUAGUUCUCACUGUGAGAGGAAAAUGUGAGAGCGAAAACAAAAGAGUUUUAAUAAAUCGAUUGUUGUGGAAAUUUACACAUAAAAGAUCUUUUGUUGUGAUUGGCUUAUAUUUUCACAACAUCUGCAUAAAAAAAGAGAAAUUAUUUUUGAAGAAUAAUUGACGAAAAUGAGUUGGGGAAAACAGUAAGGAAAAACAUAUAUUGAAAUUUGAUGGAAGGCACAAUUUAGUGGUAAACAAAGUAUUUGAACGAAACAAGCAUUUUUUGCAUUCUUCUUACCGAAGCUGUUAUUACAGUAUGGGUGCUAUUUUGACGACGCCAAGUAAAAAUGCACGUAAUGAGGGCUUGGUAGAACAAAAUAACAAUUGCCAGAACGAGAAAAGCAAACCAGCCCCGUUUAAAUUUCACAUCGUUCAAGAAUGCUUUCCUGCUUUAGCUGGAAAGGAAAACAAAUUCUUCAACGAAAAAGUUCCAUCCUAUUGGUCGAAGACAAAGAGUGACGCGAAGAAAAGGUCGAAACAAAAGGCUGAAAUAUACACGCAAGUUAGCAAUCAUACAAAAAACAAAGAUAUUCAUCAACCCAUUACACUAAUUCCACCAUACGACGAAAAAAAUAAGCAGACUUUUCCAAAAUGUCCACCGAAUCCCGAUAGGCAUUUUUAUGGAACUUUAAACUUAAGCGAAACUUUGAAAUAUAUUGGCUGUUAUGUCUAUCUGCGUUGUCGUAACUUGGAGGGUCUAAAACCCUCCAUCGUUGUGGGUUGGAUACGUGGUAUUGACAGAAGUUUGGUACUUUCUGGAUGGCAAGAAAUGGGCUUUAUUUCACAACCUAACAUGGUUGUGGUGUACAUGCUACUUCGAGAAGUGAUACCAGCAAAGGUACGAUCUAUCUCGCAGCUAAAAGCUAUAAUGAUGAGUACAUUAUACAUGUGUUACGCGUACAAUGGACAUGAAAUAAGCUAUCCGCUGAAACCAUUUUUAUUCGAUGGAGAUCGCACUGGAUUCUGGAGCCGUUGCAUGGAAAUUAUAAAUGAUCAUUCUGAUAAGUUGUUGAGAGUAAAUAAAGAACCAAAAUAUUAUAACGAUAUCCAGAUCGAACUAAAAACCUUCGGAAGAAGUUUGGAGAGAAAAGAUAAAUGAUAAUGCACUUUGUGGUUUUACAGAUAAAGUGGAGAUGCCAGCAGAGACGAUGGGUGUGAUUAAAACGAAGAGCGAGACAAAGUUGCUCGAAGCUUGAUGAUAUGGUGAGGCAGGAGUUGAUGUGCGUGAAGAACAAUACUACAUGUGUGGACACCAGUUGUUGUGUAUUGUAUUUUUUAUUUCGUCAAUAUUGUAUAUAGAAUUUUUACAUCGCAUUUUAGUUACUUUUUUAUUUAUUGAAAAUAAUUGCAAAUUUAAUAUA